AUGAAAUAAUAUUAAUCCUUACCAUAAAAAUCUCCUUCCAAUAGAGAAAAGAGUAACACUGUUAUUACUUAUGUUGACUCUAUUGAGAAUUUUAACUCAAAUGAAUAAAAUUAAAACAACCAACAUUUUAAUCAUAUUCUCUCAAUGCUUUAAAAAAGACAAGAGUUUUAAGAAAAAGAAUAUAGAAUUAAAGUAGCCUCUUUAGAAAAAAGAAUUAAAUACUUGAUCUAAAUUAGUUCCUAACUUACAUAACAAAAUACUCAAAUAAAAUUACAAUAUUCUGAUUUAGUCAAAGAAUAUGAUAUUAUGAAAAACAGAAUUAUUAACUACGAAGCUUCUAUUCAAAAGAAAAAUACAGACUAUUCAUUGAAUUUAGAUGAACUAACUAAAUUUAAAAAUGAAAGAGAAAAAUUAGUUGGAUUAGCAAAUAAAUAUCAUGAAAGAUCAAAAAUUAGAAAAAAAUAAAUUAUAGAACAUGAAAAUACUAUAAACUCUUUAUAAAAAUAAGUGAAUGGUUUACAAAAGGAUAAUCUUAUUUUACUUUCUGAAAAAUAAAAUUUAUUAUUGCAAUACUAAUAAAACCAUUAAUUUAUAAAUUAAUAAUAAAAUAUAUUGCAAGAAGAAAUUAUAGAUAAAACAUAAUAAAUAGAUUUAUCUAAUAAAGAAGAAAUUCAAUAAAUUAUUAAGAGAUUCUUGAAUGAUUAUUGUAGUCAUCUUACCUAUAUUAAUAACGAGACUAAUUAAUUGAUUAUUUUGCUCUAAGAAUAUCAUGACAUCAAUUUAGAUAUCAAUAAUUAGUCUAAAUACAAUAGACUCAUAAAAUAAUUUGAUUCAUUAAUAACUAAAUAUAAUUAGAUGCUAGAAUAACAAAUUAAAUUUUAAUAUUAAUUUAAUAUAUCUACAUAAGACACUUUAUUAUUGAGCAAUAAUAAUCAUCAAAACUUUUAAAAUAAUAAUAAUGCAAAUAAUACUAUUUUAAGCAGUAAAAGGCAAAGCUAAAAUAACUUUUAUUAAAAUAAUAUAAAAUAAGAUAUUAUUAGAGCUAGCAAAUAUUUAAAAAUAUAAUAGAUAAAUAUUUUUCUCACCUAAAUUGUUGAAUCAUUUCUUAUCUAUGUUUUUAGAGUAAGAUAUCUAAAUUAUGAGAUUCUGUAAUCAGAUCAGUUUCAUUGUGAAUAUAAAUAGACAUUUAAGAAAAUUGCAAUUGUCAUAAUAGCAAUUAUAAGAAUGUAAAAGAAAAAAAAAUAUUAUGAAUACAAACCUAUGGUUUUAGAGUUUCCUAUAGAAGAGACGAUGUAUUAAUUAUUGGAUAUAAUCAAAACUUAAUAAUAAAUAAUUGAGAAGUUUUAAGAUUGA